UGUGUCAGUGCGUAGGAAUGUAGUCGUCGCAUCGUCCAAAGUCGUGGAAAGGAUGAUAUUAAGAUUAAUCCUCGUCAUGGCAGAGAGUGCGUUCAGGGUGAGCUCUUUGCAGGAGACUGUCGCCAGGAUGCUGCGACGAGUCGAGCAGAGCCCGGUGAGCAGAUCGUGCGCAUUGCGUCCUGGGUGUGCCCCUUGCAGGAAGCUGUCGCCAGGAUGCUACGACGGAUCGAGCAGAGCCCAGCAAGCAGAUCGUGCCUUUGCGUCCUGGGUGUACCCCCUGCAGGAAGCUGUCGCCAGGAUGCUACGACGAAUCGAGCAGAGCCCAGCAAUCAGAUCGUGCCGUCAACAGGAGCUAGAGAUGGUAUUGGACUUGGGUUUUCAAAUAUCCGUCCUGUGGCAGGAAGCUCGGCCUAAGUGGAUCCUUUGCAGCAUGCAGUCGCCAGGAUGCAGCGGUGUGAUCGAGCAGGGCCCGGCGAACACAUCUGCAGUGGAAGCUCUACUUUCAGUGUCAACGGGAGCUAGAGAUGAAUUUGGACUUGGAUUUUAGAUAUCCGUCCUGUGGCAGGGAGCUCGGCCUG